AUGAGGGUCUCGGCGGCAUUCAUGGACCUCCCCGCCCCCGAUAUCAACCCGGGGCACCCCCAAAACGUUCAUGAGGGCAACAUAUUUGACCACGAGGGUGUCUCUGAGGGAAUCCAGCCACUACCAUCUCGUCUGGAUCUUGUGGCUGAUAAUAUACUCUGGGAAAGUUGGGGAUCACCAGCACCGCCUCAGGAAGAGGCAGUUUGCACAACAGCCGGGGCUACGGAAACGGGUCAGCAAAAUGUCAGUGCUGCCCUGGCUUCAAAUAGAACCCGAUCUGGCCGCCGUAUUACCCAGCCAGUUGUUCGAGAAACCGAGCCUGUGACAACAAAAGGGCCACCUGUCAAAGCAGCAGCAAAAAAGCGGAAGCGUCUGAACCGCCAGGUAAAUAUAAUUUGCACCGGCUGCUACCGAGGACACAGCCCCUCGAACAAUUUGAUUGUUCUAUGUGACUCAUGUGAUGCUCCGUGGCAUCAGAAAUGUCACAAUCCGAAUAUUGGUAAUGAGGUUAUCGAAAUCCCCGAGAUGGAUUGGGUUUGCAUCAAAUGUAAACCCGAGCAACGUCAGACAGCCCAGACCAAAUCCCAAAAGAAGGCUCCAACGAAUGUGAAAAAGGUUGGACGCCCAAAGAAACAGCCUGUGUCUGUACCUCAAAUUGGUGGAAAUUAUUAUUCAGAAGAAGAACGACGGGCGUAUCUGUCAUCUCUUUCGCAUGAUUCGCUAGUCCAGCUUAUAGUGAAAGUCUCGAAUGAGUGGCCGUCGGUUCCUAUCUUUCCCCACGACAUGCAACCCGUGACUGAUUUCACACCAUCACCUUCUGCGACGCCACACAAUAAUCGGGCCUCCAAACCUACACCGAAGAAAAACCCCCCUUCUGCAUUGCUGGAUUGGGGAAGUCUGGAACCACCGUCCGAGAACGUUAACGCUAUGGAUCCAAACCAGCAGAUGGGUCAGGCUUCUGAUACCAUAACCCCCGGAGUUACUGCCCUGGAUGCCGAUAAAAUCUUUGCUGCAAUGGUUUCCGAUGCUGCUCCCGACCCUGCCCCCCAGCGGCUCUUGCCUUCUACCACGGCAACUUCGCAGACCCCUUCUAGGGCCGCGCGGAGGGCUACAUCUCGAGCUGCGCCUGCAGCUAGACGCGCUCGUAAGGCCUCGUUCGUUUCCUCGAACUCCGACCUUCUCACCGACGACGAGUCAUCAUACUCCCAAUCUCGACUACAAUCUCCUACUCCAUCCGCGUCUCAGUCUUCACAAGUCGGAUCCCAGCAUGAAUCGGACUAUGACCCUGAAGAUUACCGUGCUUAUCCUGAAGCUGACCAGGGCUUUCAGGUGCCAUUGACCCCGAGCGAUCUCGACAUCAUGGCAGAGGAUAAGGAUUGCCCUACCUUCAGUCAUUCUAUCCGAGGCUCGGCUAAAGAGGCCCAGAGUAAGAAGCCUCAUUCACCACUGCCUCAGCGCAAGCAGUGGUGA